GAGAAACAGAAACAACGCUUUUGAAUCCUUAAUUCUCUCUCUUCCAGAAAAUCGAACAAUCUUAAGCCAGUUAACCCUUGCCCCGCCGUCGUCUCUCCUCUCAGGCUAACGCUGAUCGGCUCAUGGGAUCUACUUCCUAUUAAAAGGAACAAGAAAGCAGAAUAUAUUAUAGAAGAUGGAUACAGUCUACAAGCCUUAUUUCGAUCCCGACUUCGAAUCACUGAUAGAAAGAAUACACCCUCCAAGCGUUAGUAUAGAUAACGACACGUGGCCAGACUGCACCCUCGUGAAGGUUGACAGUGCAAACAAGCACGGAAUCUUGCUAGAGAUGGUGCAAGUGCUGACAGAUCUCGAUCUGGUCAUCUCCAAAUCUUACAUUUGUUCGGACGGUGGUUGGUUCAUGGAUGUCUUCCAUGUGACCGAUCAGUUUGGCCGCAAAGUCACGGACGAAAGCCUCCUCCUUUACAUCCAACAGGCAAUGUGUGCGAGCAGAAGGGCGAGCCAGGAGGUGAAGGCAUGCGCGGGGAGAGAGGUCAGGCCCAUACACGUGUCGGCGGAUCACACGGCCUUGGAGAUCACCGGACUGGACCGCCCCGGCCUAAUGUCAGAGAUCUCAGCGGUGCUGGCCGAGCUCGAGUGCCAUGUGGCGGCGGCGGCAGCGUGGACGCACAACGGUCGCGUGGCAUGCAUCAUCUAUGUGGACGAUCCGGACCUGGACCACGCCGCCGACGCGCGGGCGCAGCUGGAGAACGUGGUGGAGGCCCACCACCCCGACGGCGAGCGGUUUAGCGUGAGGGUGGCGGCUCCCGCCGCCGACCGGGCCCACACGGAGAGGCGGCUCCACCAGCUGAUGUGGGCGGAUGGCGACUACGACAGGUGCGGCGGCGGCGGCGGGAGGAGGGAUGAAACGCACGUUACGAUCGAUCAUUGCAAGGAGAGAGGGUAUUCGGUGGUGAACGUGAGGAGUAGAGACCGGCCGAAGUUGCUGUUCGACACCGUUUGUACCUUGACGGACAUGGAAUACGUGGUUUUCCACGCUGCUGUCAGCUCCAGGGGAUCCAUCGCUUUCCAGGAGUACUACAUACGGCACAUGGACGGGUGUACACUGGACUCAGCAAGCGAGAGGAGAAGGGUUGCCCAAUGCUUAAUUGCUGCCACAGAACGCAGAGUCUCCCAUGGUCUGAGACUGGACGUCCUAACUAGAAACCAAUUGGGGCUCCUUUCGGACAUAACAAGGGUGUUUCGAGAGCACGGGCUAUCGAUCACGCGGGCAGAGAUCGGGAUCCGGGGCGAGCGAGCGGUCGGGUCUUUCUAUGUUACAGACGCUUCCGGGCAAGAUGCAAACCCUGAAACUGUAGACAUGGUGAGGCAAGAGAUUGGGGGAACGGUGCUGAUGGUUAACAACUCGCCGAGCCACUCGCCCCAGGGGCUGUCACAGAGAACGAGCAGAAAAAACAGCGAGGACGACAAUAAGGUACAAGAAGAGGAGCCGAGGUUCUCGCUGGGGGCCAAGUUAUGGUCUCAUCUUGAGCGGCUAUCCGGCAACUUCAGGCCCAUUAGAUCGUGAAUCCAUCGCCGCACGGUAAGGGAAAUGGCCGGCCACUGUAUCAUGUUCUAGGCUUCUGUAAAUAUGUCGUUAGCAUAUGUUGGUUUUCAAAUACUCAAUGCUACCUUCUGAUUAGACUCAA